GUGUGAGCGAGGUCUGGCAGGCAUCGCUCGCCACUGAUGGCCAUCAAUAAAAGUCGAAUCAUCAUCAAAUCGACAUGUCAUGAUUGAUAUCAACAUGUAGUGUUCAACACCAAUCAUCACAUCGAGCAACCUCAACCUCGACCUCGACCGAUUUUAUACAAACCGCACUGGCUCUCAGGAUCACACCACAUCACCGAUCACUGAUCACUGAUCACUGACUCGACCAAGGAUUGUCAACACAUCAAAAAGACGAGAUCGAUACCGUACUGGAUUCAUCUACCGAACUGGAUUCAUCAAACAUGAGCGGCCGUGCCAGCGGAAGUACAAGGAACGCUUUGGAAGAAGAUGUUACCAUGGUCGACGAUUUUGACGUCUCGAACCGCAACGGAUCUACCGCCGAGCUCGCGAAUACUGCUAUUGCUGCUGGAGCCAGAAGGAGGGCUGCUGAUAGGGAGCAAGACGAGGCCAAUAAGCGAGCGAGGAGGUCGGUGACGACCAGGAAGCAGGUUCAGGAUGACGAUCAGGAUUACGAAGAUGAUGAUGCCGAUGCGGAAAAGGAGAAAAAGAAAGCCGAAGCCAAGAAGAAAAAGGACGAGAAGGCAAAGACUCAGAAGAAAGCUGAACUCACCCCCGAGGAGCAGUCUGCGAUCAGGUUGACGGAUCUGAGGCUGCUUGGUACGGGCGGGAGCUUGAACGAAUGCGAACUGAACUGGACCCAGGGUAUGGUGGAGAGGGCGUUUGCCGGUGCUACGCUGAGGAACACCGAGCUCUGGAUCAAAACGGCUGACAAACAGGUUGCCGUGCUUGAGAAGCUCUAUACCCCAGAGAUGACUGCUAUGCGACUGCAAGAAAUUGAAUGCCGAAAGACAGAGGCUGCGAACAGGUCAAGGUUGCUGGACAUGAUCGAAAAUCAAUCGAAACCGAAUCAGGUCGCGUUGUUGACGAAGUUGUUAACGUUGGAGAAGUCUUAGGAUAUAUCAGACGUUGAACAUGAUCGGGGUCAAGUCCCGUGACUCAAGUCGGGUCGAGUUAUCGGGCAAGUCGUUGGAGAAGUUUUAGGGUAGUAGCCGGCACUACCUAGCACCAAGUUUUAAAUCCGGGGAAACAAAAACCUACGCAGUUGUACACCGGGAGAUUAUCCCAGCAUGUCGUCCCGCCCAGAAAGAGCAUACCAUUACGCACUUGUAUAUUGUACACCGGGACAUCAUCACGUCGUCCAUGUCUUUGCAAAUUCCAUGUCGAACGGGCGAUGCCGGCA